GCGCCGGAAGUUGGAGUGCACGGGAUCCGGGAGACUCGCUGGAGAGCGCUUGGCUGUGCGCUGAGGGACCUUGGCCGCCAUGGUCUCAGACGAAGAUGAAUUGAAUCUUCUAGUUAUCAUAGUUGAUACCAACCCAAUAUGGUGGGGAAAGCAAGCAUUAAAGGAAUCUCAGUUUACUUUAUCAAAAUGCAUAGAUGCAGUGAUGGUGUUGGGAAAUUCUCAUUUAUUCAUGAAUCGGUGCAACAAACUCGCUGUGAUAGCAAGCCACAUUCAAGAAAGUCGAUUCUUAUAUCCUGGAAAGCAUGGCAGGCUUGGAGACUUCUUCGGAGACCCCGGCAACGCUCCUUCUGAAUUUAAUCCCUCAGGGAGUAAAGAUGGAAAAUACGAGUUGUUAACAGCAGCCAAUGAAGUUAUUGUUGAAGAGAUCAAAGAUCUAAUGACCAAAAGUGACAUAAAGGGUCAGCAUACAGAAACUCUGCUGGCAGGAUCCCUCGCCAAAGCUCUUUGCUACAUUCAUAGAAUGAACAAGGAGGUUAAAGAUAAUCAGGAAAUGAAAUCAAGGAUAUUGGUGAUAAAGGCUGCAGAAGACACCGCAUUGCAGUAUAUGAACUUCAUGAAUGUCAUCUUCGCAGCACAGAAACAGAAUAUUUUGAUCGAUGCCUGUGUUUUAGACUCCGAUUCAGGACUCCUCCAACAGGCUUGUGACAUCACAGGGGGACUGUACCUGAAGGUGCCUCAGAUGCCCUCCCUCCUGCAGUAUUUACUGUGGGUUUUUCUUCCUGAUCAAGAUCAGAGGUCUCAGUUAAUCCUCCCACCCCCAAUUCAUGUUGACUACCGGGCUGCUUGCUUCUGUCAUCGAAAUCUCAUUGAAAUUGGCUAUGUCUGUUCUGUGUGCUUGUCAAUAUUCUGCAAUUUUAGCCCUAUCUGCACUACGUGCGAGACAGCCUUUAAGAUUUCUCUACCUCCCGUACUGAAGGCCAAGAAAAAGAAACUGAAAGUGUCUGCAUGAUAAUAAAAAAUUUCCCCCCAUCCUUUAGAGCUAUUAACAGAAAUCGUAUGGCGGAAUCUUUGUUGGAAAGGCUCUGAAAAAAAUACGGAUGUGUGUAAGAUAAUUUUUAAUGAAAUUUCUUACAAGAAAUAUUUCUAAAACCUCAUCCUCAUCUUGUGCUUCUCGGGGACUGAUUUAUUUGAGGGAGUCAUUCUAUGUGAUAUAUCCUGAAAUCUUUUCUGACUGGUUUUUGUCCAGAAAGGAGGAAGAAAGCAGCACUCUAUGGCUUUUUUUAAUGGGAUGAUGGCUCGUCAGUGAGUCCUGACUGACUGUAGGCUGUCAAACAUGCUCCCCAAGGCCAGGUGCUUCCUGUGGCACACUCGGCAUGUGAGAUUGGAGCACAGGCUUGGAAAGAGUGGCUGUUUAUGCAGUAAUGGCAUUAAUCAACAUAGAACAUCUUCCUUGAAUCAGCAGUUAACUUUGACAAUAGUCAUGUAGAUAAAAUCCUUAUUUUCUAAAUUGAGAUUUAACUGCAGGUGUUAGCACAUAGUUACUGUUUCGUUUGACAUCACUACUUGUUUGGACAAAGUUAUGCAAAUAAUAAUAAUUUGUCAACUGAAUAACUACAAAAUCUGACUUUAAAUGAGUGAGGAGAGUGAGUGCAGUAGUCUGGUAGCAACUUUUUCUUCAAAAACCUUUGUGUGACGAGGUUACUUGUGAAAGCUAACGUUUGAGUUCAGAGGGGGAAUUUCCCAGGGGGAAUGGAUUCUUUACAGCUAAGUGUAGCCCCCAGAUAGAAUUCUUUCCUUUUUUAAUGAGGGGAGGGGAAGUGUUAAUAUUGGAGAACUGCUCUCUAGAAGCUUUGGACUUCAUACUGAAAACUUCUGUAAGUUCAAAAGAAAAAUUAUGUGUAAUUUCAAUAAUAAAAAACUUAUUUUUCUGUGUAA